AUGUGGGACCUCAUCGCCCAGGCUCCCAAACCUGGUGCCCUGCUGCUCCGGCUGUGCCGAGAGCAGGGCUUGGACUUUGUAGGUGCUCAACCGGUGUGGGGCGGUGUAGCAGGCGGGAUCUGCCGGUUAAUUUGGACUUGGCUUUCUUCCUUAGGUGAACUGAGACAAGCCAUCGUGGCCAUGAUGACCAGGAAGGAUGAGCUGGAAGAAGAGAACAGGUCACUGCGGAACCUGCUUGACGGUGAGAUGGAGCACUCAGCCGUGCUCCGCCAAGAGGUCGACACCUUGAAACGGAAGGUGGCCGAACAGGAGGAGCGACACGUCACAAAGAUCCAGGCGUUGGCAAGAGAAAACGAGGUGCUCAAAGUCCAACUGAAGAAAUACGUAGGAGCUGUCCAGAUGCUGAAAAGAGAAGGUCAAACAGCUGAAGUUGUACCAAAUCUUUGGAAUGUUGAUGGAGAAGUUACAGUUACUGACCAGAAGCCGGGAGAAGUUGCCGAGGAACUAGCAAGCUCCUAUGAAAGAAAGCUCAUUGAGGUGGCGGAGAUGCACGGGGAGCUGAUCGAGUUCAAUGAGCGCCUGCACCGGGCCCUGGUGGCCAAGGAAGCCCUCGUGUCCCAGAUGAGGCAGGAGCUCAUCGACCUUCGGGGGCCGGUGCCUGGAGAUUUGAGUCAAACAUCCGAAGACCAGAGUUUGUCGGAUUUUGAAAUAUCAAACCGAGCGCUGAUCAACGUCUGGAUCCCGUCAGUGUUUCUCCGGGGCAAAGCCACCAAUGCAUUCCACGUGUAUCAGGUCUACAUCCGGAUAAAAGACAACGAGUGGAACGUCUAUCGGAGGUACACGGAGUUCAGGAGUUUGCAUCACAAGUUACAGAACAAAUACCCUCAAGUGAGGGCCUACAACUUCCCACCCAAAAAGGCCAUUGGAAACAAGGACGCCAAGUUUGUGGAGGAACGCAGGAAGCAGCUCCAGAACUACCUGCGCAGCGUCAUGAACAAAGUCAUCCAGGUGGUCCCCGAGUUUGCCGCCAGCCCCCAGAAAGAGACCCUGGUCCAGCUGAUGCCCUUCUUUAUUGACGUCACCCCUCCCGGAGAACCGCUGACCAAGAACAGCCAAACCAAAGUGGCUUCCCGCUUCCCCAAGCUGUCCCGAGGUCACCCCAGGGAGCCGCGCAACGUGGAGCCCCAGAGCGGCGACCUCUGACCUCGACGGCCACCCAGACUCGGGCCCUACGUGCUGCGCCAGCUGCCUCCACCCCGGCCAUGGCAGCUGGCCCCUUCCACCUCGGAGGGACAACCCUGUCCCCCCGGUGAACCCCAGAGAGCACACCUUCCCCGCCAGUCCCGUGACACCCUGAUUAAACUGGGCCGUGUGAGAGCAGGGCAGCUCCUCGCUGGACAGACGCAGACACGUGGGCCCUGCUCUCCCCGGGCCCUGCCCUGGGCCAUGAGGGCCAGCCGUUCCCCUCCCUCCAGCCCAGGGGCCAGCAGGAGGGUGGGCGCUGGCUCGGGCUCGGAGCCCCCUGGUUGAGAUGCACAAGUCUGAUGUCUCAGUUGGUCAGAAGGUUCAUUGAGAAACCCCCUCUUAACUCUUGCCCACGUGGGAAUUCGAAUGACUGUGGUUUUUUUUUCCCCUGUUUAAUGUUAUUGCCUGCUACAACCUGUGGACGUGAAGGGUUUGGGUGGAGGCUAGUUCCUUUCCAUGCACCCCCCCACCAGUGGUCAGUAGACACCCUAGUUCUUGCCACCAUGCUCCAGGGAGACAGUCCCGUGGCCUUCGUGUGAAGGAGCCAUUAGAGGGAUGCGGAACUGUGGUUCUUGGAGAACCCCCCUACCUCCUUAUGGUUGAUUCUGGAAGGACCAGCCCCUGUAGGAAACCUGAGGCCCCUUAGGCCCAUGUGCACCUGGUCAGGCCAGCCAUCAGCAGCAAACCCAGUGACCCAUAUUGGAGAGCCCUGGGCUAUCCAGGAGUCGGUGGCCUUGGCCUCGAAAGCCUAGAGGAGAGCCCUCAGGCUGUUAGAGACUCAGCUCCGGGAAGCAUUCCAGAAGGUUCUGUGGGCCUCGGGCUUUCAGACCUGGCCCCGGGGCUCCGAGGCGCUCAGCGUGGCUCUCUGUGAACUUGGACACAAGGGUCCACUCUGCACAGACCAUGACCAUCCCCUAAAGAUGAGGGCGUGCAGCACGGCCUCUGUCAGCCAGCAUGGUGUCGGCAGGAGCAGGGCCCUGUGCGCCCUGACACCGGUCCUUCUGCCCCCUGCCAUUCAGAGCGGGGCCCUGGCAGGUCGCCCCAGGGGACCACAGCCAUUUGGCCAGCUUUAACAUCCAGGAUCAUGGAACUCUCUCCCACCCUGGCCAAGAGCCAUCCUCAGCUGCUGGUACAAAGAGGCAUUUCCUGAGGACAAUAGCCGAUGUAAAUGUGUGUGAAAGAUGUCGGUAGAAGGCUAACCACUCAUCGGCUUACAGCUGGGUGAGCGGUGUGGGUAAUCACUGAGCAUUUCCUAGAUGGCGGAAAACUCGGGAAGGAAUGGCCUGGAAGGUUUGUGCUGCGUGUUCCUCCCAUCAGCCAAAAGGAAACUUAUCAGAGCAGCUGAGCAGAGCUGAGGUCAUCUACGCACAGCUCUCCGGAUACUCGGAGGAGGCCCGAGUGACUUCUGAGGGAACAUUCCGCCAGGUGAGCGAAACAAGCCGGCUCUUCUCCGCAGAUGGAGUGGGGAGUGUGUGUCUGGGGGCCCUGCUGUCAGCUCGUGGGGAUCAGAGGACCCGAGGGACGCUGUGUCCUAGAAAGGCAACGUGGUUUCUCUCUUCCGCGUGUGCCGAGGGAGCCACUGCACGUGCACUUUGUUGGAAUCCCGAGUCCCACGGCGCUGCCUUGAACACAGAGCCCUCCUCGACCACAUCCUCCGGGACUGUCUGGAAGCUCCAGCUGCCCCAGAUCCCAGCCCCCUGCAUUUGGGUCCCUCCACAGCAGUCAGUUUGAUGCCAGCUGACAGGCUGCACAGCCAGAUCUGUUCCCAAGGUGUCUCCUCUCUGGUUGUACUAGACCCAGAAUGGAACCACUGCCCCGACACCCCCCAGGGCCAAGGGUUCCGAUCAACCAGCCUUUUCUGGCGCCUGACCCGAAACACAUCUGAGUGCGAGUCUUGUCUCGCCUUCUCCAGCCACCCCACCAGGAGCCAGCUUUGACAUUCUGUGAACAGAGUUAGUUAAAAAAAAAAAAAGAGCCAAACAAACAAAAAAAAGCACCCAUAGCUACGGCGGACAGAUGCUGAGCUGGGAGAUACAAAUGCACUCGCAGCCCAUAUUUAAAAAGGAGAAAUUCUGCCUCUCCAUUUUUUUAAAGCUUAAUUUUUCACGGAAAACUUGCCCUGCUCUCCCAAAAUGUGGAUUGUAUAAAGCAUGUUCCUGGGGGCCCCACGGGGACCCUCCAGGCUGCUUGCUGUCGGUACCUCCGUUUUUGUGAUCCUGCAGAAACCCUCAUCUUCAAUUGCUUUGAUUUCAGCUCAGACACACAUGUGACAUGCACAUUACAGCACCUCCUCAAAGCCUUAACUUUGGAAUCACAUGGAAUGUUCUGCAGUGAUUAGUCCAUCCAGCUGCUCAAAAUACUCCUGCCCUGCUCUCCAGGGUGGCGGGAUGGACUUAAAAGGGGCAGACUCCCCAGCUCCUAGAGAAAGAAUAAAAUACCGAGGUCCUGGCCGAGAUCCGGGACAGAACUGAGGAUGUGUCGUCAUCUGCCCAUCAACCCAAAUCCAAUUCAGAGGGUGGGAAAUCCCCUGGGACCCAUCACGGGGAAAGACAGCCCUUCAGAAAGGAGAAGUUGACAUUGCUUCUCUCUCCUUGAUCAAAUUAGAAGAUUGUUUGGAGCCUCCAAAGUUGGCGUCUGAGAGAGGAAGCCACCCCCCCAUUCUGAAAGGAACUGAAGGGCCCGUUUCUCUAGCAGGCCUUGACCCUCUGGUAUCCCACCUGUACGGGGAGGGAGAGGCCCCUCCAGGUCCCCUCUGCAAAGCCAGGCUGUCUGCUCAGGGGCAGCUUCAGCCAGAACGGGCCGCAGCAUCAGCCGGGUCCAUCUCUGCCAUCAUCUUGUUUGCUCUCUCCUUAAAAGAGAAAACCAGGGCUUCCCUGGUGGCGCAGUGGUUGAGAGUCCGCCUGCCGAUGCGGGGGACAGGGGUUCGUGCCCCGGUCUGGGAGGAUCCCACAUGCCGCGGAGCGGCUGGGCCCGUGAGCCAUGGCCGCUGAGCCUGUGCGUCUGGAGCCUGCGCUCCGCAACGGGAGAGGCCACAGCAGUGAGAGGCCCGCAUACCGGGAAAAAAAAAAAAAAAAAAGGAAAACCAAAGCUCCCAGGAAGGGCGGUCCGAGGCUGGUGUAAACCUCGCCCAGAAGCGAGCUUUCCCAGCUCCUACUCCUGCAGCUGGUCUGGAAUCCUGGCUUGAAACAACCCAGCAUCUCUCCACAGUCAGGCCCUGGGGGAGGCGGCGGCUUUCCUGGAAGAGGCUGUUAAACCCCACGGUGGUCACCUUUAACACCAUCACCAGGCCCAUCCAAGGGCUUCCCAGCUACAAAAGGCAUCACCUGAUUGAGCUGUAGAGACAGUACCAUCUUGUGAGACCUGGCAAGAGGCGUGAAGGGUUGAGGCGGAGGGACGUGGACCAGUGUUUGUGGACAAGGUAUGGUCACACAGCAUGGGGCCUACUGGGAUGUGUUCUUUGAUAACCGCUGGAUUUUACAGUGGUGCCGAGCCGUGCUGUGCCUUUAAAACAACAGAGGCAAUCAAAGCUGUUCAGCUGCAGCUAAUGCCCAGAGGCAGCAGGCCCUGGAGGCCCAAGAAUUAAUCCCCAGGUUUGGGGCUCAGAAUCAGGAAACAGGAAUGAAGACCCACCCGCCAGCCCAGUUGAUCCGAAGCACUCCUAACACCCUGAACUCGGGCUCUGCGGCCCCAGGCAAGCCGGUGGCCUGCCCUCCUCUUUUUCUCCCAUUUCCUCAGGAGACAGUUUGCCCACUGGAGGACCAGGUCACAGGGUUUCAGGCCUUGGUCCCCCACACCACCUGCUCACCCUCACAGGGGGUGCCGCCAGCUGGCCCCUCACCUGGAGGCCAGGCCCUGACCUCGGGCCCCGGCAGACCUCUCCUAACAAGUCACGUCUGGCAUCCUUCCUUCAUCCCUCAGCCUGGCAACUUGGUACCAGCGCCCAUUCAUGGGAGGUGCUCUCCCACAAAGGGGGCACCUCGCCUGGGCGUGUCACUGACAGUAAAGAACAGUCUGCAUUCUCAGCCUCAAGCUGCGUGGGCAUCCCCCAGGACCUGCCAGAGAAGGACCCUGCCUGGGAGCGUCAGAUCGGCUAAGAGGCAUCCUAGAAGGAGCACGCCCUGCUCGAGCUUCAACCCCAAAGGCAAUAACUGUCUUGACCCUGUCUCGGUGUUUCCCCUGAGACACUGCCACCCACACUGGACCUUCCCGCAUGCUGGGCGCUUCUGGCACGCAGGCAUCUGCUCACGAGCAAGGCCUUUUGCAACGAUCAUUUUUCACAGUAUUGUGUAUUGUUUCAUUAAAGCUAACAACAUUAAAUGUUUGCUGUUCAGAUGGGCUUCUGUGCUAAUUUUGCACAAUCGUAGCACUGUAUAUUUUAUCUAACAUUCCCAUGCCAAAAAAUUCAUUUUUCAUGUUUCCCUAACACGUGGUCUUGAUUACGUUUCUAAAAUAAAACUUCAGCUACUGGAUCGAUAGAAGUGAGGGUGGAGCCUUGCCGAUCUCCGUGCUCUGAGCAGAGCAGCUGUCUCCUCAUCCCACAGUGACUGAAACGCCCCUGCUCAGUUCAUGGCGGGAUUUCUGACCUUCCCUUCCUCCAUGCCUGUUGCUGUGGAUGGGCCUGAUUUGGGUAGUUCUCAAGUCUGUCAAGGAGCCCUUACUUUCAUCUCUAAAUCCUAACAACUGCAUUAAAUGGGUUUCCUUAUCUACCCAAUCAGUUUAGGAAGAGAAGUGGAAAAAAAAAUCUGGUUUCUCUAAAAGAUGAUGGUUGAGACUAUAGCAAGGAUGAGCAACCCCACUCGAAGGACAGGCUGGAACCAUGAGUGUUUCGAGGUCCAGGGAUUCACUUCUUACUGGCACAUAAAUGUUUUUCCAUCAUCACUGAAAACCACUAGCUGACCCGCCCAGGCUCCCCGCCUGCCCUCGAAUCCCAUCAGGUCUGCCUCCUGCCGUCAUGAACUGCAAGGGGAGAAGCCAUGCACCUCCGACGAUUCUUUCCGCCAUCACCCGAGACCAGACAAGGGGACGCCCUUGCAAAAACUGGGACUGAGGACAUGGAAGGUUACAAAAUGGGGGAUCACAUAUUUGCACCCAGAGUUGCUAGCCCCUCCAGAGAUGAGCUGGAGAACAGGCAUAGCCAGGAGUGAGGGGGUGGUGGAUUUCUUAUCAUCUAGGAUUCAUCCUAGAAAGAAUGUCUUUGCCUCUGCAGCCUUAGUGGCACCAUCCCUGGCAUUGCCAUUUGGUAGAACACUUUGCUUAACUCAUCAGAUGCUGACUUCUUGGAGGAGGGAGUCUUUUGACUACAGGCGCCAUGGUGACCCAGCCGGAGUCACCCACGAUCGGGUCCCAGUGAGCCGUCUGUCGCAGGGAACAAGGCGACAAAUCUAGAGUCUAGUGUCUGGAUGGGAGGCCUAGAAGCCCGCGGAUUCGCUCUGAAACACGUAGUAUUAUCUUAACUACCCUGUUCUGUUAAGGUUUACACAAUAGAAUUUUUAAACAAAUGUGUUUAAUUUUCUAAAAUCUCUUGUAUUAAAAUUUUCUUUUGGAAUAAGCUGUGGUAAUUUUGUUACAAUCUGGUUGAGACACACCUCUUUACAACUGACAACAUUAAAACAGUGACAUU